CACUUGCAUAUACACAUGUGAUCGUGUGUAUUUAUCGAGUUGUUUAUACCGCUAGACUCGACAGAGCAGCUUUGGAUACAGCAGUGAGCGUUUGUUAAAAGUUAAACCGAAUAUUUACACAUUAACAAGAUGAACCAAAAACCUUCAGAGACAGGUUGGUUUUACCAUGCGCCAGCUAAAAGGCAGGUCCAUCUGGAGGAAGAACUGCCUCCAGCCUCUCAGAUUCCAGGACUAAGCGACCUGCCAGAGGAAGAGCAACCUCAAAAACAAAUGGUUUACAGAGACUCUGACACAAAAUAUAUCAGACUGUGCAAGCGAGGAGGUCGGGAAGAUCUACUUCGUUUUAGGGAUUUCAAACCAAAAUCCAAAGAUCCUGUGCCAUACCCAAGAAAUGAAUGGUUUUAUUGGGAUAACAAUGAAGAAGAAGUACCUUCACAGACAUUUGAGCACAAGCUCCCAGAAUACAUGGUCCAUGAAGAGUACAAGCCAGAAGGAGACCACUAUGAUUAUGAAAAAAAUAGACCUAAGAGAUUACCUUAUGCAUUUGAUAGACUUACAGUUUAUGAACGGGAGGGAGAUGACAAAAGGGUGACAAAUAAAAAUGUCAAGAUCCCCGAGGUAAAGAGACCUGGGUAUGGUGUAAGGUUACAAAGAGUUGCACCUGCUGGACCAAAAACAAAAGCCGUUCACAAGAGUAAACCUAGACCAGGAGAACUAGAGCAGCAUAGAAAUUUUUUGCCGAUGCCAGACCUUGAAACAGAAAAACCACAGAUGGGAAAGAUUUUAUCUUACACCUAUAACAAGGAAUGGAAAACAGAAAACAUAAAGUGGCAUGACAAGCAAGAAAAACUACAUGGCAAAAAUGCAUUUCCUUCCAAACAGUCAAAAGAACCCGUCAAGUCAGAAUACCAGCAGACAUAUAGUCAAACUGCAAAGGACUCAAAACACAAAGUAGCAAGGAAAUCAAUAGAACAUACUCCAAGAAGAAAAAGUGAAGAUAAAGAAAAGCCUUUAUUCAAGUUGACAAGGUUUACUAAAGUGCCAGCAAGAACAGAUAACCACUGGCAUAAGACAGAACAACUACCCUCAGUGGCAUGCUAAAGUGGUUAUUUAAUAAAAGACAAAACUAUACAAUUCUGCUGACCUUGUAAAAUGAAGAAAAAGAAAUACUCUCUCAGUUCCUGAUUCCACUGAUGGAAAUUGGUUUACCUUAUGAGGGGAUUUUGCAUUUACUAAUAUCUCCAGACUGCACCAUACAGUAGGAUUCUUGGACAGAGAAUUUACAAGUUGACAGUAUUCUUUAUCUUAUAAAUAUAUAAAUAUAUAUUACUUUUGUGUACAUUUUCAUUAUAAAAAUACUUUUUGAAAUUAUAAGUCAUAGAAAAUAUUACUUGUCAAAGGUGCAAUUUAUAAUGAUGCAUAAAAAGUCAUUGUCACGAUUGUGAUGUCUUCCUUUACAUCAUGAAUAAACGUGCCAAGGUGCUACA